GUGGUUCCCGGCCCGCAGGCGCACGCCGCUCCCGCAGGACCCGGACGGCCCGGAGCCGGCUAUGACCAAGGAGAACUAGGGCCGGGAGGACCGAGAGGCCCCAGGGCGGCGGCGGCGGCGGCGGCGGCGCCCGGCUCGCCCCUGCCCUGCCGUGCCGUGCCGUGCCGGCGGAGGCCGCUGGGCCUCGCUCGUCGCCUCACCGCAAAGGUUUGUGGGGCGGGCCGCGGCGGCGGGCGCGGGCCGGAAGCGGAAGCGAGCGGCGCCCCAAGCUGCGGCGCCUCUGUGGCGGCUGGGCCGCUCGGCGCGGGGCCGCGGCCCGGCCCUUCCGCUUCCUCCCGGGAGCCGGCGGCGGGCGCGUCUGCGCGGGCGGCGGGAGCCGGCGGCGGCGAGUGACGGAGCGUCCCUCCGCAGCGCUGAGGGGCGGCGCGGCCCGGCGCGGCCCAUGGACCGGCACAAAGUGAAGCGGCAGCGGCUGGACCGGAUCUGCGAAGGCAUACGGCCUCCUAUUGUGAAUGGCCCAAUGCCAGCACGGCCACUGGUUGCACUCCUGGAUGGACGAGAUUGCACUGUGGAGAUGCCCAUCUUGAAGGAUGUUGCUACAGUGGCAUUUUGUGAUGCUCAGUCAACUCAGGAAAUCCAUGAAAAGGUGCUGAAUGAGGCAGUAGGAGCUCUGAUGUAUCACACCAUUACCCUUUCUCGUCAGGAUCUGGAGAAAUUCAAAGCCCUCAGGGUCAUUGUGCGUAUUGGCAGUGGCUAUGACAAUGUUGACAUCAAAUCCGCUGCAGAAUUAGGCAUCGCAGUUUGCAACAUCCCUUCCUCCUCAGUAGAGGAGACUGCUGACUCCACCCUCUGCCACAUCUUGAACCUCUAUCGCCGUGUUACUUGGCUACAUCAGGCUAUGCGGGAAGGGAAUCGAGCCUCCAGUGUAGAACAGAUUCGAGAGGUGGCUGGAGGUGCUGUGCGUAUCCGUGGGGAGACUUUGGGCAUCAUUGGACUAGGCCGAGUUGGACAGGCAGUGGCUCUGCGAGCCAAGUCCUUUGGCUUCAACGUGAUUUUCUAUGAUCCCUAUCUGCCGGAUGGAGUGGAGCGAUCCUUGGGUUUACAACGAGUAGGAACCCUGCAGGAUCUACUAAUGCACAGCGAUUGCAUCACAUUGCACUGCAGCCUGAAUGAACAUAACCAUCACCUCAUCAAUGACUUCACUAUUAAACAGAUGCGCCAGGGCUGCUUCUUAGUGAACACAGCCCGGGGAGGGCUGGUAGAUGAGAAAGCCUUAGCGCAAGCCUUGAAAGAGGGGAGAAUCCGAGGAACAGCAUUGGACGUGCAUGAGUCUGAGCCUUUCAGCUUUGCUCAGGGGCCCUUAAAAGAUGCACCCAAUGUCAUCUGCACCCCUCACACUGCCUGGUACAGUGAGCAGGCUUCCAUUGAAUCCAGAGAAGAUGCAGCUAAAGAGAUCCGCAGAGCUAUUACAGGUCACAUACCCGAUGCUUUGAGGAACUGUGUUAAUAAGGAGUACUUGCUGUUAGCAGCUCAGUGGUCCAGUAUUGAUCCUGCAACUGUCCACCCAGAACUCAACGGAGCUGCAGCUUACAGGUUUCCUCCAGGAGUAGUGGGAGUAGCCACCCCUGGGCUACCAGAACCGCCAGUAGUGGAAGGGAUUGUAGCUCACGGGAUCCCUCCUGUUUCUCACUCUGCACCGCGUACCCCUUCCCCAGGAGAGACGAGCAAACUGGAUGCAGACAGAGAGAUUCCUGCAGACCAAUAGCGGCAUCUUUCUCUCCUCUCCUCUGGCAGCAGAAAAAAGUAGGAGGGUAUCUCCUCCUAGGACCUUCUUUAACACCCUACAGAGACUGUUUCCUGUUCAUACAGGAUGGGAGAAUGCAUUUCAUUACCGGCAAACUUUAGCUCUUGCCUUUAUUUUGUAACCCUUUAGUUUUAAUCUCUCAAUGAAUCUUUCUCCUUCUCUGGGGCAGGGCAGCAGCGACCUUGCCUCCCCUCGGAAAUACUUGGUUUAACGAAUGAGUUUUCCCAUAUAUCUGCCUCGGUUGUCUGUGAUGGGGAACUGUCCGUGUGCACUUGAAAAUAGAAGUGGAGCUGCCUGAUCAGGGAUGGCCCUCAGUGUUCCUAACAUCAGACUUCAGUGCACACUUUUCAGUUGUGACUUGUAGCUUAAAUUUAAUUUGGCUGAACCUCUCAGUGUAGCCAUGGGGAAUAUUAGAAAAAUAUUAGUGAAUUGGAGAAGUUGUGACUAUUGUCUUUAUUAUGCCCUUGGUAGAAUGCAGCCUAGGCUCAGCUCUGUGUAUUACUUCGCUUGUUUUAAUUAAGGUUUCCUGUGAGAACAGACAUAGCGCAGGCAUUGCUAGUUCUUGACCAUACAAAGUUUUGUCUAUGCAGUACUAGGCCUGAAGUUAAAAGUAACAGUCUCAAAGCCAGCCUUGUAAAUAAUUUGGAAGGGAUUAAAAUGUCAUCAAAUGUGUUCUGGUGGCCACUGUGUUUGUGAGGCUUCAGAAUAGUUCACCCUGGAGUCUGUGUAACUCGGAGAAGGCAAGAGAAUGCAGAAAUGGGAAAAACUUGCACUGGGAGACAGCAAGUAGCAAUAACUUGCAGCUGCAGUUGCUGGUUCCUCACACACACGUACCUCACAGUCUAAUGGCGGUGUUUAUCCACAAGGUAUCUAUCAUGUUAGAAUUCUAAGCUUUGUGCUAGAUUUUUUUUUUUUUGGCAUAACUGCAUCAACUAGAAGUAACAUACCACUUGUCUCUAUGGCGAUGGAGAAGGCAUCUUUUAACAGUUGACCAAAUUACUUUAGCUCUGCUAGCAUAUACUGCAUCUCCAAUAGCGGGCAGGGCAAGACAGUGUUUUUUUACGUGAAUAAGCUUUGUGAUACUAAAGGAGAAAGAAUACUCUUAGCUUGUCACCUGAAGCCAAGGCAGGAUUGUUGCUCUCAAGUCUUUUCCCAUUUCCCAGAUGACUGAAUACGAAGCGCUUCUUUGAGGGGUGUGGCCUCUUCAGCAAAACAGGUUCCACAGGAGAUUUUCCUUAAUUCCAAAUCUUCCUUUAAUUUCAUCUUGUUACACUUUAGUUACAGCCUUUCCGUGCACAAGAUGUAACAAUUCCCGAUUGAUUUGUUCAUGUUGUGUGGGUAUAUUAAAGUAGGUGCUAUAUGGGAGGCAUACCCUGUGUCUGGGUUUGUCUGCCUAUCCUUGAUUCUUCCCUCUGUUGUGUGUCUGUGACUGGAAGCUGAACAGCUGGGAACAGACUGGAAAUACAGCUUGAGGUGUGGACAAAAUCCUCUGUUCAGGCUGUUUACAGUUUGGGAAGCUGAGGAAAGCUUUCGGAGCCAGUAAGUUUUCAGAUCCUUUCCUAGUUUUAAAUUUUUCUCCAAUACUGCCUUUAUAUAAUGGCUUACUACUGAUACAGUGAAGUGAUUCAUUCCUUUCUCCUCCACCCCCCCCACUCCCCACAGCAAUUCAAGAAAGGAAAAUAGGCAAGAAGUAAACUUUGGGUGUUUUCUUACAGAUUUUACACUUUAACUGUUUAGCAUUAGUGAGAUGAUACUAGUUCUCUAGUGCUGAGUGUCUUUUUUGAUAAGGAUUUGUCUCGGUGAAGGUUCUUGGCUUCUGUGUUUUCACGGAUGAUGCUGAUUCUACUUAAAAUUCAUAUACCUCCUUGGCUGCUCAGGUAUAGCAGAUCAGACUGGGACUGGUGGUGGGCAUAAGUUACAGGAGAACUUUUUCUAACAGAAGCUUAGAGCUCAGAAGCACGUUGAUUGCAGCUGUACCUAAAAUAACCAGCAGCACUUUCCUGAGUUCUCUAAUCUCUAGGAAAUCUAAAUUUAACCAGCCACUUCUGACAGGCAGAUGGGGGAAAGUUUUCAGGGACUGGGAGCUCAUCUUCUGUCUAUUACCACAUUAGGGAAGCAGUCUGUCAAUAACUACUCUUUCCUUAUUUGCUGCUGAAAAUUCCUGCCCCGCUUAGAGGUUCAGGUCUGAGAUUAUUUUGUGGUAAGGGGCUUCUAAUUAAGAGCUUUGUGAAUACAGAGGAUCAGAGUACAUUGACCUUGUCUCUUCUAGAGCAGAAUGCAAGAUAGAUUUAUUUUUUUGAAAGAGGCAGUAAUUUUUUUUUUUUCUUAACUGCAAGUAUCUCUACAGACCAGUCAAAUAACUGAGCAGAGGAGAGUGGAAAGAUCUCAUUUGGGGGACACUUGAGUGUCUCGAUUCUUACUUUUCGUGCCUAGAUAUACUGGUGACUAGUAAGUGUAGGAAUUAAAUAAUUGAUGUCAUAAGAAAUAUUUCCAGUUAUGGGUACUAAGGAGUUGAAGCUGACGGCAUUGAUAGUGGCUCUGUUCUAUCCAACACUAUGUAGGCUUGUGAUUGGAUAUGAAGGCAAUUUUCCCCUUGAUUAAAGCCACAGCAGAAAAUGUUGAGGUAAAAAUGAACAGAACCCUUAUCAUGACCUCAAAGAAGGACUCUCUUUGUGCUUACAGGAUUACUCUGCGUGUAUGCCAUUUGUACCUUUGCUUAUAGACUGAACCUAUUAUCACCAAAGGCUGUUCUGAACAGACAGCUCAAAGAAAAAUUUACUAGUACUAAAGUACAGUGGUCUUCUCCAUCCCAAGUCCUUUGUUAGCACGCUCUCCUGUGUGAUACGCUGACUUGCAGCUCCCCCUCCCAAGCUUAGUGCAGUAUACAGAAGUGGAAGGAUUUUUUUUUUUUUUUUUUUAAUGCCUUCCUUCAGAACUGGCGCAGAGCUUUAAUCCCAAAGAACAGAAGUCUCCCAGGGUGAGGCAGGAGUGCCCUAGCUGCACUAAUCUGCUUACAGGAGGUGCUCACACUGUCCCAAGGUACAUUCUGUUUGUCAGGGUCACCGUUGCUGACCAGCUUUUUUAUAGAGGACUCAGAGUUUCAGAAAUAUAUUUUUGUAGACAAUGACUAAACUGUGAAACAUUGAAAUAAAGCAUGUAAACAAAAACUUACAGCACUGUCCUCUGUACAGAUGUUUUUCUCACUUCAGUUCUCUCCUGACUCAUUAGAAAAUGUUUGAUUACUUCUUGGAUAUAUUUUAAUAAAGUUCUCCAAAGAACAUG